AUGGUCAUCUGGUCUACGGUCAACUUCCUCACAUUGACGGAAGCUGCCAGUGCCUCGGGUUAUGAAGCUCGAUCAGGGUCGUUUCCUGAUGGAUCUAUUCAAGCUGGACAUGAUCAUGCAAUCAAGGAUCAAAAGCACCUUUACCCUAAGGUGUAUCUGCUGGUGCCCCGCGUUCGUAAAUCCUCAUCAGGCAGACACCCCUUACCGCGUGCUAUCCGUCAUCCCUUAGAAGAACGUCCGCGGUCCUUUGCUCGGUACAAAUUGCCGGGUCUAACGAAAGAUGCCAAUGACUUCAUCCGCAUUCGCAAUUUAUGCAAAGCAAGGAUCCGAGAGUUCCAGAGAAACCAACACAAUGGCAUUUUAGCCAAGGCAUGGGUACCCCGGUCAGCCCUGUACAAAUUUAUGCGACAAACCGGGCAAAACACCCCAUCCACCUUUGCCCUAUCUUAA